AUGUUCAACAUCCAACUACAGCAGAUAAAUAACACAAAAUUGUUUAUUGUCAGUGUCUAUGCCACCACAAAAAUAGACAGCAAACAAGUGUUCUUGGAUGAACUUAACACUGGAGAUUGUAACGCAAGACAUCAGAACCUAGGUGAUUACAGAAAUAAUGCUAGAGGGACCUAUCUCUCUGAUUGGAACAAUAGACUAGGCAUACAAUAUAGAACUCGCAUAUACCAUGGAAACACCCCCACGUGUCUCCACAGAGGUACCUUUCCAGAUCGUGGAAUCAUUGAUAGUAGACUCGACAUCACCUACGCCCAGGGUAUUGCCGUGCCUACUCUAAUUUUCGACAGUGACCAUAAAGCCCUGUUUUUCAGGGUAAACCUAUCGAACAUAGGUGUGAUUACCCCAAAAGACCCAGCCCCCCCUAGAUUUAAUUACAAAGAAACUAACUGGGAGGAAUUUAACAAAUUCCUCGAUAACAACUAUGACAUAACCAUACCCAUAAACAGAAACCUGAACAUCACAGAAAUAGACAACUUUAUACAACAAAUCUCAUCUAAAAUCAAUGAAGCUAUUGGUCAUUCCUCGCCAAUUUUCCAACCGCAAGAUAGCAUUAAAAAAUAUUUAAAUAGAAAAAUCCUAAAAUUACAAAAACACAAAUCGAAACUGUUGACACUAUGGCACAAAAAAUUAGAAACAGACCCCAAAGGAAAGAAGACAUGGACCAGACAAAUUAAAAAGACUUUAGACGCUAUCAGAAAUCAACUACAACAAGAAUACAACCUUGCGGUAGAGCGCAAUUGCCAAAAUAUCUUCAAAAAAAUUGACCUCAGAGAAUUCCAUAGAUUCAUGCCUACUAUAAACAAAAUCUUUCGACCGAAAAAUAACCCGGAAAUACCAAACUUACAUAUUAAAAAUUCAAACCAACAUAUCUUACUCAGGAGUGAAUGCAACCUAAAUGAAGUCCUGAUUGCCAACGAUGAAACAAUCAUCUCUAAACCAGCCGACAAAUUAAACAUAAUAGGAUCAGAUUUUGAAACAAUUAAUGCACCGAGACAUUUAAAUACUGAAACAAGAUUACGGGAACUGAUAUUAAUGAAAAUCAACGAUUUCAAAGAAACCUUCAUUACUGAGAGGGAAAAUAAUACCGCAAUUAUUCAAUUCUCCGAUCAUAACAAAGCAUCAUCCCCCCCGAGAAAUCUUGAUCUUGAAACAUCAUCGUACUUUUGCAGUCUUAGACAAGUAGCAAUAAUAAUUAAGCACCUACCGAAUAAAACUUCAUUCGGCAUCGACAAAAUCCCAAAUAUCAUUCUAAAACGACUCCCUACUAAAGUCAUCACAGAUUAUCCCAUACUGUUCAACAACUCUCUGAACUUGAGCUGCUUCCCAACCGCUUGGAAAACAGCCAAGGUCAUACCACUCCUAAAAAAUAAUAAGCCGUCAAAUGAACCCGCAAGUUACAGACCAAUGAGUCUGACACCAACAAUUAGCAAAGUUUUCGAAUCAAUUAUCAGCACAACAAACAUCACAUAUUGCAACAAACUAAAAAUAAUCCCAGAUACUCAAUUCGGGUUCCGCAGAAGCCAUUCCACCACACAUGCAAUACACAAACUUCUAUCGGAUGUAAAUCACGAAAUCUCGCAAAACAACCUAGUAGGCGCAGCAUUAAUAGACCUCGAAAAAGCGUUUGAUACAGUCUGGCACGACGGCCUCAUCUACAAAUUAAUAAAGAAAAAAUUCCAAACCCACCUCAUAAAAAUGAUCUGGGAUUUGAUUAAAGACAAGCGAUUCUUCAUAUCAGGGGCCGAUGAAAACUCAACAAUAACGUUUAACAUCAAAGAUGGACUGCAACAAGGCACAGUAAACUCACCCAUACUAUUUAACAUCUUCACAGCAGAUAUCAUAAACUCUUUCGAUAUGAACCAACCUAACAGUAACAAAUUCUCAAUAGCCUACGCCGAUGAUUUAAUAAUCUACAUCUCGGGAGCAAAAGCAGCAACGAUUUCUAGAGAUCUGGAAACACUUGUCAAUAAAAUCAACAAUUUAUACUCUAUGUGGAACCUCAAGAUGAACCCCAACAAAUGUGAAACAAUCCUUUUUCGGAAACCAUAUCGUUUCCUCCCAGGCAAUAGAACUAAAGGCAUAACAUCAUUCAAAAUAAGCACAUCAUGUCCGGUAACUAGAGAGAUUAUAGAACUCCCCCACAGGAAUGAAGUAACAUACCUAGGUAUGAAAAUCGACAAUCUAAUAAGAAAUAACAAACAUACUUAUACCCAACAAUUAAAAGCGAGUAAUAGAUUCAAAUCUCUCAGCAGGCUUUUUCACAACAAAAAUAUAACAAAAACAUCCAGAUUAAUUUGUUACCUUAUCCUCGUCAGACCCCUGUUGACCUAUGCCUCACCAAUCUGGUGGAACAUAGGCUCCAGGGUCAUGGAGAGGACAAGAAGACUAGAAAGAAGAUGCAUCAGAGCCGGUCUCCGUCUCUACAGAAAUGAAAAUUCUGGAUUCACUAAAAAAAUCAGCAAUAAACAAUUGUACAACACAGCAAAAAUACAAAGAAUCGACAAUUUCAUACUCAGACUUACGAGAGACUAUUACAAAAACUUAAAAACAAUUAAAAACGAGGCACUCGAAAAACUAUCAACUGUAGACCCAAUCCAAACGACCAUAGCCUCACACUCAGGAUAUUUCCCACCUCAAGCAUUCACCUUUUUCGACAGAAUAAGUCUCAUACAAAACGAAGACAACAUCCCCUUGAUAUACCAUUACGACAGAAACAGCACGAAUAAAAAACUACCCAUAGCCACAGACGCGACAGCCAAACUCAAAUACUCGAUGGCAAUACCUGAAGUAGAUUUUAACGACACCCAGAGAAUCGACGCCAAUUACUGGUGGGUCGAUGACACUGCCAACUUUCACAGAGAAUUAGCCAGAAAGAAAGAAAAAAACCUUGAAAAGGCAAAACGACAGCAAAAAGAGAAGGGAAGAAUACCUCGGAAACGUAGACCUAGGUAA